AUGGGUUAUUCUCAAAGAUGGUUUUGUAUGACACUUCUUUUCUUGAGUGCUGCUUUAAAUUUGAGUGUGGUGAGCUUUGUUGAUGCUAUGAUUGAGACGGAAAGAUGGGGAAAUGAAGAUUGUCGAUUCGGUAGGAGAGGUUGUGGAUUCAGAGGGAGAGGACUUUGGGGAGGCCUUGGUGGAGGAGGCGGUUUUGGUGGCGGUGGAGGUGGUGGUGUAGGGGGUGGUUCAGGUCAUGGUGGUGGGUUUGGAGCCGGUGUUGGUGGAGUAAGUGGUGGACUUGGUGGAGGUGGUGGUGGAGGUGGAGGUGGCGGUGGAGGUGGUGGUGGAAUCGGAGGUGGAUGGGGUCAUGGCGGUGGAUUUGGUGGCGGUGUUGGAGGUGGGGAAGGAGGAGUCGGGGGCGGAGGUGGUGGGGGAAGCGGAGGUGGUGGUGGAGUGGGAGGCGGGUCGCGUCAUGGGGGUGGAUUUGGAGGUGGUUUUGGGGGUGGAGCUGGAGGAGUCGGUGGAGGGGGUGGAGGUGGUGAUGGUGGAGGAGGAGGAGGACUUGGAGGCGGAUCUGGUAGUGGAGGUGGAUUUGGAGGGGGUAUUGGUGGAGGAGUUGGAGGCGGUGUAGCUGGUGGUGGCGGCGGCGGAGGAGGUGGCGGUGGAGGAGGGGGCGGCCUAGGGGCGGUUCAGGACAUGGAGGCGGAUUUGGCGGUGGAAUAG